GUGCGUUGCCGUUUUGAGGAGCUAAAAAUACCGUUUAACAGAGAAAUUAGCAGAAGCAGAGGACGCGGAAGUUAUCCAAAGACACAAAACAGAGAAAAUAUGGCAGAGGAAGGGAAAGCAGAUGAGCAAUUGUUUCAGCUCCUCUCCAAUCUUCUCCAGCAGGUGGAAUCAUUGACCAAUAAUGAAGAAGUUGAGUUGCGUUCCAAAAUCGAAGCCCUGGGAUUAGAAGUUACAAAAGUUCCUUCAAAAUCAGCAAAGCAUCUGGACGAGCUGGAAAUAGCCCAGGAGUUGGAUAAAUUAUCAGAGAAGUUGGACAAUGUAGAUGAGAUGAUUUCAUUAGCAAUGGCUGCAGACCCACAGGUGCAGUCACUCUUGAGUAAUACCGCUGAUGUGUGGAUGCCAGUAAUCACUGCUACUGCUGAGGAGCGACGUAAUUUUACAGCACCAAUUGAUGAUGAUUACUCGGAAGCAGAAGGGAAAACUUCCAAUUAGUUCCUGAAAUCUGAUUCUCGAUUUUACAUUGCAGUAUUGCAUGUGUGCCAUCUCUUCCUAGUGAAAUAAAAUGUCUCUUUUCUUUU